UGGAUCGAAUCCGCCGAAGGGCUUGUAUUGAUAAAACUAUCAACACUCGACCGAACUAGGACAGUGUGAUCAAUGAUUUUAAGAGUACACACACCAUAGACUUAUAUCUUAUGUAGUAAAUGAGUUUCAUACUGUGCUUUCACGAGGGAUAUAAAUCUCAAUUGCGCAAUCACGGAACUCAUGAAACGGCCAUCUCUGAGAAUAGUACUGGUAUCGUAUUCGCUAUGUGGCUAAGCGAACCAAGAAAAUGUAUUUUGAUCGCCAUGAUCGUCUUCUGCCAUGUCUACAUGCAAGCCCAUGUUUGCACUGCCGCGGAAAGAACUGGGAACUUCGAUGCCGCCCUACCAGUUGGCUGCAAAGAUACCACGGCGGGUAAAACUAGCUCAAUCUGCUGUACACAGACGUCAUUUGAUAAAAUCAUAUCAGCCAUCAAAAUGUAUGGUGAAAACCUAGUGAGUUUAAAUAUUGAUCAAUGUCAACCUCAAGUCAAUCGGUCUCUCACCCCAGAAACAUUUGCCAAAAACAACAACCUAGCGAGCUUACGAAUAUCUGAGUGUAAAAUCGUCAACAUAGAACCGGGUACAUUCCAAGGGCUCACCAAACUGUGCAAUUUGACCUUAACGAACAACGAAAUCACAAAGAUAGUUACUGGAACCUUUAGAGGACUCCACCUCCUUUUGGAACUCAACUUGGACUCAGCACAGGAGAAAGUUCUUACCAUUGAAAAUGGAUCGUUUAGUGAUCUUCGAAAUUUGAAAACAUUAUCAAUGGGCCAGCCUCAAGGAACUUUAGUGGCGUCUCCGUACCUCCUUCAUGGGUUGACAAGUCUAGAAAAUCUCGACCUAUCGGGUUUCAGCGUUACUCACACAGAGAUACCAAUCGGGCUUAAUACUUCUGUUUUAUUCAAAGACCAAGAGACCUCGCUGCAACAACUGAUCCUCGGAGAAACUGAUAUUAGCAAUGAACAGUUGCCCUUUUUUAAAAAUCUGAAAGCGCUUAAACAACUUACUCUAAUAAAUAACCAUAUCGCAUAUAUCAUUAAAGAAUCACUACCAACGCUUCAAAAUGGUGGAUACCUGGGUCUUUCCGACAACAAUAUAAUGUACAUUGAAUCUAGUGCAUUGUCAAUGUACACCGAAGUGAAUAACAUAACAAUUACACUCGCCGGUAACCCGUUUUACUGCAAUUGCGACCUUUUAGGGUUUUCAAGAUGGCUUCGUAAGGUCAAUUCAAGUGGCAUCGUCUUGGAUAUGGAUUCGAUAAUCUGCGGUGGUCCUGUUGCUGGUUUCGGGCAAAGGGUGGUUGACUAUGAUGCGUAUUGGUGGCAAUGCAGCCAGUAUGUACCUCUCAUUGCUCUGCUGUUCAUAAUCGCCCUGGCCAUGAUCAUGGCCAUCGUUGCUUUGAUUGUAUACUGCAACUGGGUCAAUAUAAAAUACUGGUGGUUGGAAAGAAGGGUAAGCAGCGGGGAAGAAGGUUCACAAGUAAAUGACGAGCAACACGCCCUGCUUAGGGUAGAUGCAGAUACCCAGAUCUCGGGAAAAACCGGUGCCUACAUCAUCUAUAACAUGGAGGAACAGCAUAUAAUGCAAUGGGCAAACCAGCACUUGGAGGAAAUGCUGCAGAACCACAAAAUGAAGAUCAGCCUGCAGUGGCCGGCGGGUCCCCGGUUUAUCCCGUUGUGGAAACAGAUUAAGGACCAUGGGUUCGAUGUCAAGCAUUACUUAGUCAUUGUGACUGACGACUUCAUCGAGAACCAGUGGCCGGAAAUACGUGAGAAAAGCGAAUUGAAGAACAUCAGAAAAUUCGUGCUCGUUCUGAUGGGUAAGAAACGAAGUGACUUGCCCAAGUCUUUGGUGAGAUUGGGCGCGCCCUGCUUCGAAUGGCCUGAGACCAAACCAUUUCUGUCCACUUUGAAACGUGAAAGGGAGCUGUUUUGGAAGCGCGUGAGGAUUGCUUUGAAAGGAAAUGUGUAAGAUAAGAACAUGUGGUUUUACGUUAGGUAUGACAGAGAGCAAUUAUAUUUCGUGUUGACCUCACUGAGUAUUAUUCAAGACAAUAAAACAAAUCUUUAAUAUGCGAACUUUGCAGAGCUUGAAGGGAAGACAGAAAGCUGAUGCGCAUGGUAGAUAUAAUAUGUAUGUGUUUCUGUGUACCACGAUCCCUAUAAAAAACUACUUGUAAGCUUAUAUCUCGAAUGCAACGACUACAGUACAGCAUCGGGCGAUCUUAGCUCCAUCCACAUUGAGUGGCAUUCUUACAAACAGUAGUUCAUUUUCAUUCGGUAACAGAAAAAUGAAUAAACUCUAAUUCUUCCUCGAAGAAAAACAAAACUCCUUCCUUCCUUGUUGGUUGUGAAUACUUCUCACACCUUAGCCGAAAAUGCAGCUCGUUUGGAACAAAAUUUUAAGAACGGUACGGAAACAUUCUAUCUUUUUUCUCCAGGGCGUGGUUGUUUAAAACAAGUUAGCCACCAACUUAGUGCCGAGUCAAAUGGGCUUAACUGAACAUAACGCCAAGUUAAUAUAACGCCAACGUUCAAAUCGUUCACAGCGUUCUCGGGAGUCCGGGCCGAUCUAAACCUACCCAAUGCGGAACACUGUGCCGCCAUGCUCAGAAAUGGGAUAUGAGAACUGGAUAUCAGUCAUACCAAUUUUCAAUCAUACAAUGUCCUAAUAUGGAUUAACCAAGGCAAAAGUAGCUCUGAGGAGAAGUGAGAAUAUAUUUUCAGCUGAUUGAUGCCACUCAUGUCCUUAUCUGCUCAUUAUCAUACCGGGAAAUAAAAUG